UAUUGUGUUAGUAUAUAAGUACCGUGUGCUUCAAGUUCUACUAACAGUUCAAUUAGAACAAUCUCUUAACCCUAUCUCAAAUUCAUUCAGAUUCUUCCUUCCCCUUUUUGAUUUUUCUUAGAAAACUCCCAACUUCGAAUCAAUAUGAAGAAAGUGGUGCUAAAGGUGGAACUCCAUGAUGACAAAAUCAAGAAAAAGGCCAUGAAGGCAGUAUCUGGUAUUUCAGGGGUAGAGUCAGUCUCAGUGGACAUGAAGGACCAGAAAAUGACUAUAAUUGGGGAUGUUGAUCCUGUAACAGUAGUUGGAAAGUUUACAAAAUUCAGUCUUGGCAAGCUUAGAAAAUUCUGUCAUGUUGAGAUACUUUCAGUUGGACCAGCCAAAGAGGAACCAAAGAAAGAGGAGAAGAAGCCAGAAGCCAAGAAAGAUCCAAAGGAGGAAUAUGCUGAACUUCUGAAGGUAGUUGAAGCCAAUUAUUAUCAGACUAGACAUCUGCAAUACCCUUAUUACUAUAGCAGAACUGUGGAAGAGAAUCCAACUGGCUGUGUUAUUUGCUAAGUAUUGGAGUUUGAUGGAUAAUAAAUGAGAUCAAGGAAAGAAGAUGGUGGCUGGAGUUGAGAAAGAUUUGUUUCUGUUUUUGGAAUUUCCUUUUUUCCUUUUCUUUGUUAAGUUUUGGCCUUUCUUCUUGUUUUAGUACACAAAAGAAAAAAAAAAAAAAAAAGAGCAGUCUAAAGCAGAGAAAUAUAAUGUGUACAUUAUUUUGUGGUGUAAUACAAUCAAUUUAUUCAAAUUUCUGGCAGUGUUACUUUAGAAUCGAGAACUGAGAAAUGGGUUGUAUUAAAUUCAGGUGUUCAA